CUGCUGCCUUUUACCUUGAGUUUUUUUUUCCCCCUCUUAUUGCUUCCUCAAAGAAAUCAACUAUGUGAAAGUGUUGUCUCUUGGAUUUCCUCUUUGGGCAAAUUAACUGUAAAUUGUAAGGGUUUUGUCAACCCUUGCAGCCCUCUCUUUCUUCUACAUCAAGUUGCUUCUUGAAGCAUAUUUCCUUGCCUCUGCUCUUGUCACUCACAUCAAUUUAUCACAGAAAUGUUGAUGUUGUUGAAUAUGCUCGAUUCAGAAUGCUACCUUUGUCCCAAGAUGUGGCUGAUAUGAUCCUACUAUUGCAAAGGAAGUGAAAUAGAUAAACAAUGGUUACUUAAAGGUCCAAAAUUUGUUUUCUCAAGAUAAAAAAGUAUAGCUCAUUCAUUCUCACUUAAAUUAAUUGCUAGAUGUUGAUCCAGGUUAGAAUUCUUAUAUAGUUAUCCUGUGUUAAUCUUCUCUGAAAUAGGUUAUCCUGAAAGUUAAACUGGAUACUUUCUGAGUGUUUUCCAUCUGGGUUCAUAUUUUUAUUUAUCAGUGAUAUGUUGCUAUACUUUGCACUACUCUAGUAGAGCACAUAGUAUGGUUGAAAGCUACAAAGUAUAGAAUUACCCGAUUGGAUAAAACUUUUGCAUAGUAUUGAAAGGAAGGUAAAAAGCUUUGACAUAUUUGAAACCGCCAAGAUAACAUUUUCUUUUAAGAAUCAGUUAUUUACAUCGAACUUAAGUCACAUAAUUAGUUGAAAACUUUUCUUUGUCUCAAGGGCUCAGAGGGAUAAAAUCUCGAUCAGUUUAGAUAAAUUUGCAGUUUAAUAUCUUGAGGAAUUUGCAAGUCAUGUACUUGUAGCUAAUGUUGAGAAAAGCAGUUGUUUAUAUCCAUCUCAUACCUUAUGGACAAUAUGCUUGUAAGCUAUAAAGAAGUCCUCUUACUUGCUACCUUCAUGCUAGAUGUUCUUGCGAGAACACCACAACCUGAAGAAAUACUCACUCAUGGCUAUGAAGCUGAAGUCAGUUGGAAGAUAAAAUUGGUAAAUUUUGAUGGUUUACUUAUGACACAAUGGUAUCAACUUUUCAAGAUUUACUUUACAUGCAGUACAUUGGUGUGGUUUUUGUUGUAGAAUCUUCCUAGGUUGCCAUUUCUAUCGUACGGCUGUUGUGCAUUGAAGAGUUCCAUUGUAGAAUCUGUUCCAUGCCAAGUCACUAGUAGACCUGCACAUAGGCAGCCACAUAAGAGUUCUUGGUAGCUAGUUUGUGCAUUGAAGAGGAUAAUACCAAUCAGUUGCUCUCAUUAUUCAAUGUGCCCUUCAUCUUUCAUGCAAACAUUCCAGUGCAGGGAUAACCUGAUCCAUACAUCUGCUGUCUCUGACUAUGACCUUGGAGGAGAUGGAGAUCUGUUCAAUGCCCCGAAACCCAUAGUAGAAGAAUCAUUACUUGCAGUGAAUCCUUUGUCUGCUGCUCUAUCAAUGAUCUCUGGCUAUGGAAGUUCUAUUACAGAUGAAACAAUACAAAUUUCAGAUAUGAAAUCAAUUGAAAAUGAAGAUCUCUUAUGUGAGGUGCUCAAUGACUGGAAGGGAGACCUCGUUUCAAAGUCAGUCACAAAUGUGCCUACUCUUGAGGCAUCAAAUAUUCCGGUUUCUGCACCGCUGACAGAGGGUUCUUCUGUAGAGGGAUCUUUGCAGAAGAGUAUCAGUACAGAGUGUUUAAGCACAGUGGAUGGUGCUAACCCUUCCAGUGUUGAACCAUGUUUGCUUGGCUUGCAUGAAAUGAAUUUUGAGUCUGCUUUUGGCAUAAGGAGAGCAUACAGUGAAGGGGAUAUCGAGAUUCUUCGAACUAAUAACCCAGUUCAUGGUAUCAUGAACACUUUUCCUUCUCUUGAGUUUUUAGCAUCCGUAGAGGAUGCGAAGACCGAGGAGAAGAUUGAAGCAAGGAGGAUAAAGCUUUCUAGGUACAGGAAGAAAAGGACAAGUAGAAACUAUGGAAGAAAGAUCAAGCAGUACGCGUGCAGAAAGGCUCUAGCAGACUGUCAGCCUCGUGUCCGUGGAAGGUUUGUGAAGAUAGAAGACAAGAGUGCUACGAGUAGUAAGCUGUAAGAGGUGUAAAGAAUACCCCUAUUGCUAAAUGUUUCUUCAGCUGUAGUGUUUGCCUAUAUUAAAUUAAGUCUUCUAUCGCAGUUAUGUAAAUACGUAUAAAUAAAUCAGUUUACUAAUGAUUAUAACAA